AUGACACCUUUUAGUCUGUCACGUUUUUUUAAUACAAGUGUAUCUUUAAGGACUUUAUCCAAUUUUAAGUUAUCACAUAGAUGUUUUGGUAUAAAACGAUAUGCUAGUACCACUGCUAUAUCAUCUGAAAAUUCAGCGCCAAAAGUUGAUCCCGACGAUUUGCUUCGUCUUCAACGAUUACGCAAUAUUGGUAUCAGCGCCCACAUCGAUUCCGGGAAAACAACAUUAACUGAGAGAAUUCUCUAUUAUACUGGACGAAUAAAAGCGAUUCAUGAGGUCCGCGGAAAAGAUGGUGAAGGUGCUAAAAUGGAUAGUAUGGAGUUGGAACGUGAACGAGGAAUAACUAUCCAAUCUGCCGCUACAUAUUGUAAUUGGAAUUGGAAAGAUCAUGGAGACUAUAAUAUCAAUAUCAUUGAUACUCCAGGCCAUGUUGACUUUACAAUUGAAGUUGAACGCGCUCUUAGAGUCCUUGAUGGUGCCGUGUUAGUUUUAUGUGGCGUUUCUGGAGUCCAGAGUCAAACUAUUACCGUAGAUCGUCAAAUGCGUCGAUACAAUGUUCCUCGUAUAUCUUUCAUUAACAAAUUGGAUCGUAUUGGAGCAAAUCCUUUUAAUGUCAUUGAGCAAAUUCGACAAAAACUAAAAAUUACUGCCGCUGCCGUGCAAAUUCCUAUUGGACUCGAAGACGACUUAAAAGGUGUCGUCGAUUUAAUCAAAUGGAAGGCUGUUUAUAAUGAAGGCAAUCGUGGUGAUAAGGUUAUUGAAAAAGAAAUCCCAGAAGAACUUAUUAAACUGGCAACCUUGAAAAAGCAAGAAUUAAUAGAAAACCUUGCUGAUGUAGAUGAUCAAAUUGCUGAAAUAUUUUUAAUGGAAGAAACACCCACCUCGGAGCAGUUAAUGGAUGCUAUUCGACGCGCAACUAUUGCGAAUAAGUUUACACCUGUUCUUAUGGGAUCAGCUUAUAAAAAUACUGGCGUACAACGCGUGCUAGAUGCCGCAUGCGCGUUCCUUCCUAAUCCAGCCGAGGUGCAUAAUAUUGCUUUAGAUAUUAAUCGCAAGGAAGCUCGAGUUGAUCUAAUUCCAUACUCGAAAAACAAUUUUGUUGGUUUGGCGUUUAAAUUGGAAGAAGGAAAAUAUGGACAGUUAACGUAUAUUAGAGUCUAUCAAGGAGCUUUAAAAAAAGGCUCUUCUAUCACAAAUUCUAGAACUUCAAAGAAAGUCAAAGUGCCAAGACUAGUUCGAAUGCAUUCAAACGAGAUGGAGGAUGUUGAUGAAGUUGGUGCUGGUGAAAUCUGUGCUGUGUUUGGCGUUGAAUGUUCUUCGGGAGAUACAUUCACUGAUGGAUCUCUGUCUUAUACAAUGACAUCUAUGUUUGUCCCAGACCCGGUAAUUUCUUUAUCGAUCACGCCGAAAGCCAAAGACUCUUCAAAUUUUUCAAAGGCCCUAAAUAAAUUUCAGAAGGAAGAUCCUACCUUUCGUGUUGCAUAUGACUUAGAAAGUAAAGAAACUAUUAUCUCUGGAAUGGGCGAAUUGCAUCUAGACAUUUAUGUUGAACGUAUGAAAAGAGAAUAUAAUGUUGAUUGCAUAACAGGCAAACCUCAAGUGGCUUUCAGAGAAACCAUAACAUCAACGGCUAAAUUUGAUUAUACGCACAAAAAACAAACUGGUGGAGCUGGUCAAUUUGGUAAAGUAAUAGGAUAUAUUGAACCAUUAAAGGAGGUAACGGAUGAAGAUGAAGAACCACUUCCAAUGUUUGAAAGCCGAGUUGUUGGUGGACAUAUUCCUUCAAAUUUUAUUCCGGCUGUCGAAAAGGGUUUCCAAGACGGUCUAGAAAAAGGUUCUUUAAUCGGUCAUCCAAUUAAAAAUGUUCGUUUUGUCCUUGAAGAUGGAGCCUAUCACGCUGUAGAUUCCUCAGAACUUGCAUUUCGUCUUGCAGCAUUGUACGCAUUUAGAGACGCAUUUAUGAAGGCCAAUCCCGUCAUCCUGGAACCUAUAAUGAAUGUAUCUGUUACUACACCAGUUGAAUUUCAAGGGACUGUCAUCGCCAAUUUAAACAAACGAAAAGGUACCAUUCUUGAUACAGAGGUCCAAGAAGAUCAUUUUGUUGUGACUGCAGAGGUUUCUUUAAAUAAUAUGUUUGGAUAUUCAUCAGACUUAAGAAGUGCUACACAGGGCAAAGGUGAAUUUACAAUGGAAUACAAAACACAUCAACCUGUUCUACCUUAUGUUCAAGAAGAAUUAAUUAAUGAAUAUAAAAAGAAGAAAUUAGCAGAAAAAAAAUAG